AUGGGACUAGCCCUGGGACAGCAGCUCCGCAACUCCACCACAUCUUCCAGCUGCAACUCAGAGAACAGGGCCCUCCUCCCGUCCUUCAUCUGCAUAUCUAUCCCAGGGCUCGAACCCUCAGUGGUCUUUGGGGAAGGUGGUUUAGCAGCGCCCCCUGGCUCGCCUUCAUCAUUCUGGACAUCCGGGGUCCCGCAACAAGCGCGCAGCACGAGUCGCCAGUGCUCCCGAGGCUCCCCUCCGAGCUCCUGCGUGCCCUACAAAGUCCACGCCCUGGCAACCUUCGGGUGCAUGGCUACAAGCCAUGCCAGCCGCCUGUGGGAGCAGCUGCAGCAGUUCUGGGCCAAUCACAUCUCGCGGCCCUUCUCGCCACGGCGGCCGCCGCUGCGCCGCAAGUGUUCCCUGUCCACCUACCUGCUGGACCACAACACGCGCCAGGCAGACCUGGGCCUAGCCUACUGCGCGCCGCGCAUGCGCCUAAGCAACCAGGCCUUCGUGUUCCGCGGCGGCCGGUGGACCACUGAGAGCCCGCUGGCGCGGACGCGGUCGCCGCCGCUCUCGCCGACCGCCUCGAGCUGGAAGGCGCAGGAGCAGCAGACCAAGAGCCAGGUGUUGCUGGAGGAGUACAACUACCUGAAGCUGCAGCAGGAACUGCUCAUGGACAUGAUGGCUGACACCAUGGCGCGCAUGCACUUGCUGGAGGAAAAGCUCAAAGCCGAGGUGACCCCGACGGCUGCGGCGCGCGCCUGGCAGAGGAAGAUGCGCAAGCGCGCAGGCGCCAGCGGGGACGUGCUCAUGAUCCCGUCGUGCGUCUGGACUCGCAGUGACGAAAUAAAGGCCGCGCUACGCAUGCGCGCCCCUCUCGCCGGCCACUCUCCCCGCGCUGGACUGGCUCCCGCGGUUCCCUGGGCCGUUCUCUGCGCGUGGGUGGGGGAGGUCUGA